ACCUGUUUACCUUCCUUGUGGGUCGCUGUUUAGAUCAAAACUCCAAGCUUAAUUAAGGUGAACGUAGUCUUAUAAUGGCUAGUGCAGCACAUAUUUGUGGUGUAUGUGAUCUUCGUCAUGUGACCAAACUAACCGUAUCGUGGUGCCCAGAUUGUGAUGAAGGGUUUUGUUCCGGUUGUGAAGAACAUCACAGCUUGGCAAAGGCAACCAGACAUCACCAGACGAUGCCAAUAGCUGAAUAUCAAAAACUACCUCCAGAUGUCAUGCAGAUUCCUCUGUCUUGUACCAAGCAUGAUGAGAAGUUUCUUUUAUACUGCAGAGAUCACGAAACACCGUGCUGUGGCAAGUGUGUCAAUGACGGUCAUAAAAAAUGCCAAGAAGUAGUUGAUCUUGACGAUAUAAUAAAACAUGCAAAGACUUCUUCUUCGUUCGAAGAAGUAGAAGACACAUUAUCUGAAGUAGUUGAUAACAUGCAAAAAGUACGGAAAUUUCACCAAGAGAAUCUGCGUACAAUAUUAGAGAACAGAAAAAGUAUUGAAAACGAGAUUCAGAAAAUACGCUUGAAAAUGAAUAAUCACCUUGAUCAAAUACAGAAGAAAUCAAUUAAUGAAGUACGAACUUCAGAAGAAAACAUGAGCCUUGAAAUAAAACAGAAGAUGAAAAUUUUGGACGAAAAGGAACAGUAUUUUACGACAUACCGGAAGAAGAUAAACAAUAUUAAGCAUCAUGCCUCAAACUUCCAAGCAUUUAUGGCAAGAAAACAACUAGAGACUAAAAUAUCUGCGGAGGAUGCAUUUCUCAAGUCAUAUGAUGAAAGCGAAAGAAGCAAGAGCAUCGUUUUGAAUAUCGAUGCAGCAGUUGAAAAUAUUAUGACUAACUUGAAACGAUUUGGGGAGAUUGUAGUUGAAACCAAAUUAUGCGAUCUUUCGUUAGCUUGUAAGAAAAAAGCACAGGCUCAGAUGAUUAUUCCAAAAGUCCAAACUAAAUCCAUUUAUGAUACUGAAUUAAAGUUGCAACAGAAAAUCUCCACUUCAUUAACAAAUAUUAGGGGUUGUUGCCAGUUACCUGAUGGCAGAAUGGUUUUGUCUUGCUUUACGACCAAAACAGUGAUAUUUUUAAAGACUGAUGGCUCAGAAGACUUUGUUGUCGGAUUACCGUCUGCUGUUGCUGUAGCUCAUGUUAAAAGCGAAAAUGCCAUUGCUGUUACGUCUUAUCUACCAGAUAACUGUAUUCAGGUUAUUGACAUUGCCGGCAAGAAAGUGAAGAAAUCGAUUUCUUUGAAUACAGUGAAUAUGAAUUUCGGCAUAGCAGAGAGACAGAGCAUGCUAUUUUUUUGCUCUGAAACAAGUGGUCUGAAAAUGUUAAAUUUAACAGAUAACUCAGUAACUGAUAUCAGUUAUGAAAAUAUCCCCGCGUUUUCAUAUGUUGACACAUUUGAUGACAAUCUGUUUUACACAAACUUUGAAAAAAAUACAGUAACAUGUUGCAAUAUUAAGGGAAGAGUGAAAUGGACAUUCAAAGAUACAACCAUUUUGAAAACACCUUUUGGUAUCGCUGUAGAUAACAGUGGCAAUAUUUUUGUUAUCGGUGGAGAUUCGUGUAAUGUGGUUGUUAUUGAACCUAAUGGACAAAACUGCAGGGAACUUUUAUCUGCAAAAGACGGCCUUAAAAGUCCACAAUCACUCUAUUGUGAAAGACGAACCAAUACCUUAUUGGUUGCCAACGGCAAGGACAAUGUGUUUAAGUACACUAUUGUCUGAAUGAAAAUAUAUGAACAAAAACAAACAGCAAAUAUAUAUACAUUUCCAUUUGAAAACAUAAUGAUUUCUAAAUUAAUAAAAACAUGUGAAAUGACCGCUUAUUAUGCUAUGUUUUGAACGAUGAGAUUCUAGCUUAAGGAUAUGAAAUACAUUAAAAAUGACUUUACACAUUGUUAUAGUUAUUUUGAUAGUUUUCUAAACUGAUUAUUAAUUUUUGCACCACAA